GUUUUUGGGUUGAUUGUCACAUACUGUUGCUCUCACUCUGAUGUUGGUUGCAGACAAGCUAUCGUUUGGGGGACUGGCGCCGCAACUUCUUCACGAGGGCUUGCGACGCAAUGCUGGCCUAUAUCAAGUACUCUAACGACCAUGAUGAAGAGAUCAAGCAGCAGAAGUACCAUGAACUACUCGUCGACGACCCAAACCUCAAGUACAAAGACGUGACCAACAAUGAUGACGAACUCUUCCAUAUGCGCACCCCCAAGGAGAUUGCGGAGUUUGUUGCGGCAAUGCUGGAGAUGGAGGAUGAUGGCACAUAUGCCUUUCAUUGGGAGACUUACGGGGAGAAGAAGGGUCUCUUUAUGAACUAUCUCAUUCUCGCCACGUUCAGCUAUCACCUGACGAUUCUGGAUGCGGUCCCUUCCCAGUGUCAGUUUGGAGCUCAUCCCUAUGGUGCGGUUCUACUGGCAGUUCAAGCAGUCCAGCGUAUGCUCAAUUGCUACAAGACCGGUUUGUUCGUCGGGCCUAAUGGGAAAGAUCCUGAACAACAGUUCUCUGCUGACAACUACGCUGAUAAGAAGGUCCGCCGCGAGGGACGGGUUGUACUCGAUCGCCGUGGCACCAAGUACCUGCACACAAUCCAGGCAUGGAGCAAUGCAAAGUGGGAGCGGUUCCUGGCAGGUGCAGAGGAGUACAAGGUCAAGGCCAAGGGCAAUCGGGCCUCGAGCGCAGCUUCGUUGGAGCCUGAGGAGAUCAUUGACGUAGAUGCAGAGUUAACGAUUCUUUUGGAUUAG